AUGAACACUGUUCCUGAGAAUCAGGAUCACAAUAGGCGUCGGUUACGACGUGCUACUUUGGCGGAAAAGAUCAAGGUUCUGGAUUGGCACAACAAUUCGGAACGAAAAUGCCAGCAAGCCACCCUACAAUACUUUCACGACUUAGGUGAGUUUGCUAUAACAAAAUCCACCAUGAACAGGUGGGUGCUAAACGAGAAGGAGCUGCGACAAGAUUUCAAGAAUCUUACAUUGAACAAUAAUAAAGUUUACAAGACAAAGCCAAAGUUUAAAGAUCCUGAAGUGAACCGCUGUUUGGAAUUGUUGUAUGAUCAGAUUACUAAUGAGAACUGCACAAUCACGGAGCGGGAGUUGAUUCAAAGAUGGAGCAACUUUUAUCUGAUGUUUUACAAUAUCCCCAAAACGGACUUCAACUCAAGUAAUAUUCCCACAAAAUCUAACGGAUGGUUGCAUCAUUUCAAAAGAAGAACUGCCUUCAAGCGGGAUUUGGUCAAACGUUUUCACACAGACUCAGAAUUGUACAGCGUACGUACCUUGGAAGACGAAAAACUACGGUUAAAGAACACACUAGCUCGAUACCAGCUGUCACAAAUUUACCAAUUGGAUGAGGUUUCGUUCAAAAUCAACCCAACCUGCUUUAUCCCCAACCAUCAAUCCAAUUCAUUGACUAUUCCAGAUCCUGCAGAAAGAGUCACAGUGGCAUUAUGUGUAAAUGCCACUGGUUCUUCAGUAUUCGCUCCACUGAUAGUUUCUGAUUUGGAACCAUCUAACAAGAUCAUGAAAUCUUUGAAAAAUCUAUUUUAUUCCAAAUCAGGAAUGCUGACCACGGAGAUAUUUUUCAAGUACCUCAAGAGUGUUAAUGAUACCAUCGCACAGAAUGCACCUCAAGAAAAGAUCGUCAUUUUGCUAGAUGAUCUGUAUACCCACAUCGUACCUCAAGAUGAGUUCACCAAUAUUGAGCUAGUAUAUUUUGCUCCCUCGUUGAAUAAGUUGGAUUAUUACCCGUUAGACUUUGGAGUGAUCAGAAUCUUUAAAACGGAAGUCAAGUACUCUAUUAUGCAGAUAUUUUUCAAAAAAUUAACCAUUGGAAUGGAUCAAAGUUUUUCGAAGACAUUCACACUAAGCAAGGAGGACCUGAUAUCAGUCAUCAUGGAUACUUGGAACACAAUGAAGUAUAAUACCAUGUUGACAAGUACUAGUUUUCACAAUUCACAGUUGAUUCCAAGUUUUGCUGUGCUAAACCAACACCGUUCAAUGCCGUUUGAUGCUGAUGUAUCAUUUUCUCUGAGAGACACAAAUAAAGAAACUCAGAUCGUCAACAUGUUGAGAGUUAUUCAAGAGAGAAAUCUGUUCAGAAAUCAUAAAGGGUUGCCCUCACGCAAACAUUCUGACCUAUAUAUUGACCAUUUUCUAUUCCCGGCAGAAGAGAAAGUAGAAAAUGUCCACUUACAAGACUCCGACAUCAUUGAACUUGUUAGAAGAGAGCACACAGGAAUUGAUCCAGAUCUGGAAUCUGGGCAGGCUGCCUCAUCUUCAAUUCAGCACAACAUUUCUUCUCAAAUCGGACAACCGGAAUCGACAGCACAAACUGCCUUGCAUUCAACCGGAGCUCAUGAGCCUAGGGGAUACCUUCACAAUGGAUACUCUCAGGACCAACCUGCACAUCCAACUCAGAGACAACAUAACACUAAUAUCGUGCCUUCUCCCCUAACAACUAACCUCAUCAUGGGAGAAUUGGACAAUCUGAAGUCACAGAGGGCAUCACCCCAUUCUGCAAUGUUAGCCAAUUCCAAUGAAGGCAGCAUGAACAAAUAUUCAGCGAAUGGAGAGACGGUCGAGGCGACAGAAAUAGGCAAGUUGAUGUUGGGCCGCCUAAAAGACUUCUUCUCGCUACCUGAGAACAUCAAUCAUUAUUCCAACUCGGCAAUCCAGUUCCAUCGUUUCUUGAACACUUACCUGCAAGAAUCUAAUGACCUCUACAUGAAAUCGUAUGCUAACCAGAAAAUUCAUAAGCAGUCAAGAGGCUACAAUGGCUCGCAAAACUUGGAACAGCCGUCCAAAAGGCGCCAACUGGAAGGGACAACAAAUUCGUUUGACCAGUUUAUGGGCUGA